GUUUGAACAGGAAGGCGGACAUGUUGGUCAGGCUGUGGGAGAAAAUCGGGCAUCGUCUGCUGUUUUUUCUCUCGAAAACCGACGCAUAUCUAAACACGAAUACUACGUCCGCGAUCCGACAGUGUAUGCCGUUUGGACGAGAAACUACCAACAGCCAAUGACAAUGCACGGGAUGCAGCGGGAGGACUGCCGUUAAACAUUGUACCGAGCCCGUGUUUAGACUGAUCGAAAUUUGGAAGAAGCAGAAGUUUUUUUCCCACCACUUCUACUUUUGAGCUGUCAGAAUCUAUUGUCGUUUUCUGCAAAAGGCCUGGCACAGAUAUGGGAACGGGCCUGGACUAACCUUCUUUCAUAUUGUACUUUUCAAAUAGACAUCGGUUACAUUUGUUUUAAUUGCCUUUUGUUUGGAUGCAAUAACAUUUUAAGCCCUUAACCUCGGUGGCAUCCUGUGGAGGCUGACUAAUCUGUCGCCUCAUUUAUCUUUUGCCACUGAAGUUAUUCGCCACUCAUACUGGGAAAACCUCUUUCGACUUGGAAUAUGUGGCUUUUGUAUAUCCAACGCAACCUUAAACGUUUUAUCGUCUGUGAAAGCUCGAGGAGAACGAUGUAUUUUCUUUGAAGAGCGGCGGAAAGUUCACACGAAGAAAGGAACAUUUGGCUAGCUAGCUACCGCUGGCUGCUAAAGCUAGCUAGCCAGCCUUCUGCCUCGCCAGUGAGCUGUUUUUGUUCAUAACCCAACGUCGGGACUGAGUUGAACAGCAAAAAUGUCUACUGGGGAAAGCAUGGAGGCUCGGUUUGAAAAAAUCGAUGCCAUGUUGAAGGAUCCAAAGUCAGAAGUAAACGUGGAUUGUCUUCUGGAUGGCUUGGACGCGCUGGUGUAUGACCUUGACUUCCCUGCCUUGAGGAAGAACAAGAGCAUUGACAACUUCUUGAAUAGAUACAAGGACACCAUUAGUAAAGUCCGUGAUCUACGCAUGAAAGCAGAGGACUAUGAGGUGGUUAAAGUUAUUGGCAGGGGAGCCUUUGGAGAAGUGCAGUUGGUAAGACACAAAGCCACAUGCAAGGUCUACGCCAUGAAGCUGCUGAGCAAGUUUGAGAUGAUCAAAAGGUCGGACUCUGCUUUCUUUUGGGAGGAGAGAGACAUCAUGGCUUUUGCCAACAGUUCAUGGGUGGUGCAGCUCUUUUUUGCAUUCCAAGAUGACCGCUACCUCUACAUGGUGAUGGAGUACAUGCCAGGCGGGGACUUGGUUAACUUGAUGAGCAACUAUGACGUCCCUGAGAAGUGGGCUCGUUUUUAUACGGCUGAGGUGGUGCUGGCACUGGAUGGGAUCCACGCCAUGGGCUUCAUUCACAGGGACGUGAAACCUGAUAACAUGUUGCUAGACAAGGCAGGCCACUUGAAACUCGCAGACUUUGGGACCUGCAUGAAAAUGAAUAAGGAUGGUAUGGUACGAUGUGACACAGCAGUAGGAACGCCAGACUACAUUUCCCCUGAGGUACUGAAAUCCCAAGGAGGAGACGGCUAUUAUGGCAGAGAGUGUGACUGGUGGUCUGUGGGAGUGUUCCUGUACGAAAUGCUAGUUGGCGACACUCCUUUCUAUGCAGACUCCCUGGUGGGGACCUACAGUAAAAUUAUGAACCACAAGAAUGCCCUGACCUUCCCCGAUGACAGCGACAUCUCCAAUGACGCCAAGAAUCUCAUCUGUGCUUUCCUGACUGACAGGGAAGUUCGACUCGGUCGAAAUGGUGUGGAUGAGAUCAAGAGGCAUCCUUUUUUCAAGAAUGACCAGUGGACGUGGGAGAACAUCAGAGAGACGGCUGCCCCUGUGGUGCCUGAGCUGAGCAGUGACAUCGACACCAGUAACUUCGACGACAUUGAGGAGGAUCGGGGUGAGGAGGAAACCUUCCCCAUACCAAAGGCCUUUGUGGGCAACCAGCUCCCCUUUGUGGGCUUCACUUACUACAGCAAUCAGCAUCUUUUGCGCAGGUCCGCCUCCUCAAAGACCAGUGACAAACAUAGCAGCUCUGCAAAAGAAGACAAAAGUCAUUUGGAGAACCUGCAGAAAAAAAUCUACCAGCUGGAGGAGCAGCUCCACAGCGAGAUGCAGCUGAAGGAUGAGUUGGAGCAGAAAUGCAGGGCAUCAAGCACCAAGAUUGACAAGAUCAUGAAAGAACUGGAUGAAGAGGCAAACCUGAGGAAGACGACCGAGGCCAGCAUGUCUCUGCUGGAGAAGGACAAGAUCAUGCUGCAGCACAAAUUCACAGAGUACCAAAGAAAAGCUGACCAGGAGGCAGAGAAGAGACGCAAUCUAGAGAAUGAGGUUUCAACUUUAAAGGAGCAGCUUGAAGAUAUGAGGAAGAUCAGCCAGAACUCUCAGGCCUCAAAUGACAAGAUCGUCCAGCUGCAGAAUCAGUUGGAAGAAGCCAACGACCUCCUGCGUGCAGAGUCUGAUACGGCAGCGAGAUUGAGGAAAAGCCACACUGAGAUGGGCAAGACUGUGAGCCAACUGGAGAGCUUGAACCGCGAGCUGCAGGAGAGGAGCCGUGCCGCAGAGGGGGAGAAGGCCCAGCUGGAGAAGGAGCUCCUGCUUCUUCAGAGCACGCUGGACUCAGAGCGGAGGAACUAUAGCCAGGGUUCGGAGGAGAUCAGGGAGCUGCAAGCGAGGAUGGCAGGGCUGCAAGAAGACAACAAAAACUUAAAGGUCAGCCUCUCCAAAGUGGAGGCAGAACGUAAACAGGCCCAGGAGAGGAGCAACAACCUGGAGAAGGAAAAGAACAACAUGGAGAUCGACCUGAACUACAAGCUGAAGACAUUGCAGCAGCGUCUGGAGCAGGAACAGACAGAGCACAGGGUGACACGGGCACAGCUCACCGACAAAUAUGAGUCUAUUGAAGAAGCCAAAUCAGCUGCCAUGAACGCUGUCCAGCAGAAGAUGUCUGAGGAGAACGGAGCGAGGAUGCGAGCAGAAAGCCGGGUGGUGGAGGUUGAGAAGCAGUGCUCCAUGUUGGAGUUCGACCUGAAGCAGUCUGUGCAAAAGAUGGAGCAGCUGAUGAAGCAGAAAGAACGGCUGGAAGAUGAGGUGAAGAAUCUGAGGAUACAGAUAGAACAGGAGUCAAGCAAGCGGGUGCAGGCUCAGAGCGACGUGAAGAGCCGCGUGCAGGAGGUGGAUCGUCUUCGGGUUUCAGAGAAGCAGCUCAAACAGGAGACCAACGCGGCGUUGGAGAGUAAACGCUCACUGGAGUUCCAGCUGGCUCAGCUGACCAAACAGUACCGAGGCAACGAGGGACAGAUGAGGGAACUUCAGGACCAGCUCGAGGCCGAACAGUAUUUUUCUACACUUUACAAAACUCAGGUCAAGGAACUAAAAGAGGAGAUCGAAGAAAGGAACCGGCAAGUACAAGAGGCCCAUAAAAAGGUGCAGGAAUUGUGCAGUGAAAGGGACUCCCUGUCUGCCCAGCUGGAUCUGACGGUGACAAAGGCGGAGUCAGAGCAGCUCGCCAGGGCACUUCAGGAGGAGCAGUACUUUGAGCUCAGUCAGGAGAACAAGAAAGCAUCAGCCAGACAUAAGCAGGACAUUAUGGAGAAGGAGGCAACAAUUGCACGGCUUGAGGAAUCUAAUAAGACUCUGACCAAAGAUGUGGAGAACCUCAGCAAGGAGAAGGCCGAGUUAAGUGACAAACUUCAAACUCAGGAUGAAGAGUACGCAGCUCAGAAGGAGGAGAUAGCAAAUACAAUCAAGGCCAACUAUGAGAAGGUCCUAAACACAGAGCGCACACUGAAGACGCAGGCGGUAAACAAGCUGGCAGAGAUCAUGAACCGUAAGGACAUGAAGCUGGACCAGAAGAAGAAGGGCAGCACAGCUGACCUGAGGAAGAAGGAGAAGGAGAACCGUAAGCUUCAGCUGGAACUGAACCAGGAGAAGGAGAAGUUUAACCACAUGGCCAUUAAGUACCAGAAGGAGCUGAGUGAGAUGCAGGCACAACUGGUGGAAGAAUGCACAUAUCGAAAUGAGCUGCAGAUGCAGCUGGACAGCAAGGAGAGUGACAUUGAGCAGCUCCGAGAGAAACUGAACGACCUGCAGCAGCGUAUGGAUAACUCCAGUGUCACCAGCCUACAGACUGAUGAGACAGACAGCAACAUUGCAGAAUCCAGACUGGAGGGCUGGCUGUCUAUUCCAAACCGUGCUAACAUCAAGCGAUACGGUUGGAAGAAGCAGUAUGUGGUGGUGAGCAGCAAGAAGAUUCUGUUCUACAAUGACGAGCAGGAUAAGGAGCAGUCUAAUCCCUCUAUGGUACUAGAUAUCGAUAAAUUGUUCCAUGUGAGACCAGUCACACAAGGAGACGUGUACCGAGCUGAGACAGAGGAGAUUCCAAGGAUAUUCCAGAUUCUUUAUGCCAAUGAGGGAGAGUGCAGGAAGGAGGCGGACAUGGAGACAGUCCCUCAGGGUGACAAGACCAACUGUCUCCCACACAAAGGCCACGAGUUCAUCCCCACGCUCUAUCACUUCCCUUCCAACUGCGAGGCAUGCGCCAAGCCUCUGUGGCACGUCUUCAAGCCGCCUCCGGCCCUGGAGUGUCGCCGCUGCCACGUCAAGUGCCACAAAGAUCACCUUGACAAAAAGGAGGACGUUAUCGCCCCUUGCAAAGUAAACUACGACGUGACCUCUGCCCGGGACAUGCUCCUGUUGGCUCUUACCCAGGACGAGCAGAAGAAAUGGAUUGGCCAUCUUGGAAAGAAGAUCCCCAAGACCCCGCCAUCCACGUUUUCAAGAGCCUCACCUCGUUCUAUGUCCACUCGCUCUGGACCAAACCAGUCCUUCCGCAAGAACCCUAAAAGCAGUACAGGAAAGCUGAGCAGAGCGCAGUCCAGCCUCCAAGCAGCAGACACAACAUCCAGCACUUGUUGACAGGAACUUCUUCAGAAAGUGUCAAUGUUCUUCUGUUUUAUUUUAGACUUUUCUCUGCAGCUUUAAACUUUGUCUAUUUAUUAAUUUUGUUAAUGGGUGUUUCUAACACGAGACACUUUCUAUUUGGUUGGUUGGUUGGGCUCUUUCCAGUUGACACUUGGGACUUUUCUAAUUGGCACUAAUGUGUUUUUGGGCUCAGUAACAAACUCCUAAACUCAAUAUAUAUCUGGUCAGACAGCACCUAAAGAUGUUAAUACCUGUCAAAACAUUAGUCAAAAUGGUGUUACUAUGUCUGUAAACCAGCUUCUCUCUUGUAUGUUGAUUAUGAUUGGGUGACUAACCACGGUAAUGCAGUGUCUUUCUUUCACUGGACACCUGUCUUCUCUUUCUUUCAGCUAACCAUCUGAACCAUUUGGAUUAUUUUGGACUCUAAACUUUCCCUCCUUCCUCAUCCUUGAAAAAAAAACGGAAACUUGUAUUUUGUCUAGAAUUCA